AUGAGAGGAAUUCGCUCUUUAAACAAUCUCUCUAAGCGGUGCUAUGCUGCUGCCAGGCCAAAUGAAGCACUGACCGAGGCCUAUGCAGGACAAAAGUCGCUUGCCGUCUCACUUCCCGCUCCUCAAGAUGUCCAGGUAUCCAAACUCCCAAACGGUUUGGUGAUCGCCUCCUUGGACAACUAUACCCCGUUGUCCAGCGUGGGUGUGUUUGUGAAAGCUGGGAGUCGUUAUGAGACUGUGGAGAACCAGGGUGUAGCUCAUGUGCUGCGACUGGCUGCGAAUCUGACUACUAAAGGCGUUUCUGCCUUCAAGCUCUGCCGUGGUGUCGAAGCACUUGGCGCCAGCCUCAGUGCUUCUUUAUCAAGAGAAACCAUGGUCUACACUGCAGAAUGCUUUAGAGAUGGCCUAGAUAAUAUUUUGGAGUACUUGGUCAAUGUGACCACGGCGCAGGAGUUCCGGCCUUGGGAAGUGAAUGACCUAACACCCAGGGUGAAUACCGACAAGGCUCGGGCAAAGCUGUCUCCUCGAAUAGGUGUAAUUGAGAAGUUGCAUGAAGCGGCUUACAAAAACGCCCUGUCCAACUCAUUGUACUGUCCAGACUUCAUGGUCGGCAAGGUGUCUCCGCAGCAACUGCACUCAUUUGUGGAGGACCAUUUCACUACCAGCAGGAUGGCGGUUGUUGGCCUGGGUGUAAAACACUCUGACCUGAAGGAGCUGGGUGAGAGGUUCCUCAGCGUGCGCGGUGGGGCUGGAGCUCCGCAAAUAAAAGCGUCUUACCGUGGGGGUGAGCUCCGUGUUCAGAACAAAAACGACCUGGUUCAUGCGAUGGUCGUCAGCGAAGGCGCCGUGGCAGGCAGCGCGGAGGCCAACUCUUAUGUCGUGCUGCAAAGGAUCCUGGGAGCCGGGCCACAUGUUAAGCGGGGCUCCAAUAUCACCAGCAAACUCGGCCAAGGUGUUGCCAAGGCGACCACGCAGGUUUUUGAUGUUUCAGCUUUUAAUGCGUUCUACGCCGACUCUGGUUUGUUUGGCGUUUACACCAUCUCGCAAGCUAACACAGCUGGGGACGUGAUCCGAGCAUCCAUAGCUCAAGUGGGCGCCAUAGCCCAGGGCGCCGUGACUGCAGAUGACAUCGCCAGAGCAAAGACUCAAGCCAAAGCGGAUUAUCUGAUGUCGAUUGAAAGCUCAAGCGGCCUGAUGGCGGAGAUGGGUGCACAGGCUCUGGCGGCCGGAGCGUAUCAGGCACCCGAGACGAUUCUCCAGGCCAUCGAAGCCGUCACCCAGGACGAUGUGGUCAAAGCUGCAAGAAAAUUUGUGGACGGCAAGAAAACCAUGGCAGCUAGCGGACAUCUGAUCAAUACUCCUUUUGUGGACGAGUUAUGA